AUGAAAGCUCUUCUCAAUCCUCAAUCUUCGUUUUCACUCUCUUCUCCGCAGAUCAAGAGACCUCUCUACUUCGACGGACCGAGUUCUUCUUCAUGUCUCCGGUUUCCUUUAACCGAUUUCAACAACCGGCCGUUUCGGCGGAAGCUGACCGGUGGUUUGAAGAUAAAAGCUGUGUUAGACUCCGCAAUGAUGGAGCAGUUAGGACUCAAGGAAUCCGAUAUUAAGAAUCCGGCGCUCUCUUCCACUUACCGGAGAUCGGAGAUUCCAAAGGCAAACGCCACCGUUCUUGAUGCUCAAGCUAAGGUUUGCACCGGACCGACCCAGACUAAACCUCUCAGUGAAGAACAGGCCUUUAAGGUUUUUGAUACUAUAUUAAGAUCAG